UGCGCAUGGAUGGCGUCUGCGCAGAGGCCGCCCGCCGCCGCGCCGGUGGCGCCGCGAGGCCGACGAACGCCAAGCAGACCGGCGCGCGUCGCAAGGAGCUGGCUGCAGGUGGGCGCCCGCGCAAGGGCGCCCGCCGCCCCGCCGGCGGCGCCGGGGAGCCGACGAGCGCCGUGCAGACCGCCGCGCGCCGCGAGGAGCCAGGUGAUACCGCCGAAGGAAUGGGUGACGGCGCAGACGGAGAUGACGGAGAAGACGGAGAAGAAGACGAAGAAGAAGAAGAAAGCGAUGAAGAAGAGAAUUACGUUGAGCUCAGCUCUUGGGAUAAGGUGGAGUUGGAAAUGGGGUGGUUCAUGUACUUCAUCCUGAUGAUGGUCACUUUGUUCUCUUAUGACAUGCUCAGGGACAUGCUCGAGCCGAUGCCCGUUUCCGACAAGUUGACGACGUCGUUUGACGGCCAGGGGGGCUCUCUCGAGGUGGACAGAGGUUUUCUCUACAGCGCUUUCUGGGGAACUGGUGAGGCUGCCUCUCUCGUGAACUUCAUAACUGUCGCGCUCUCGCUCUGCAAUUUCUAUUCGUUCUCUGUCCUCACUGAGGCGAAGAUGAAAGAUGAGUUCAAACAUUACAAGUUCGCUGGCAUCGACGUGGACGCGUUUGAUUUGAAUCGCAUCGCCGAGCUGAGUGCGUUGCCGAUAUUCACCAUCUUGUUCCUUGGGCGCCUUGCCGCGGUCCCGUCUCAUCCCCAAUGGGCUGCCUACGGCAUCUCGGGCCCGUUGCGCUUCUUCUUUUGGAACGGCUACACCUUGGUGGAAGCCUUUGCUCUUGCCAACGAGUUUGUUUACCUUCGAGGGAAUAUGUGGCUUGAGCACCACGAUCACUUCAACUUGCUCUGGCUUUUCUUUCUCCGCGUCCUUGAGAUGGCGGCCAGAAACAAAUGGGCCGGGUUCGUGAAGUUGACGACUGUCGUUUCCAAGAAAGGAAAAUUGUUGGGCGUCUCGUUCGUGAUCACGUUCGUGAUCUGGACCCUUAUGAGCGGCCUCUAUUUCAUCGCAAAUCGCACCAACACUGGCGAGAGUGCAGUGUGGGAGGCUGCCAGGUACCGAGAUGCAGACGGCGAGUUGAAACCGUUUGUGAAGUUCGAGUCGAUUCCAUCUUCUAUGUGGUAUGUGCUCAUCAAUCGAAUAGAGCACCCCCUUGCUGAUGCCCACGUGACCUUCUUCCAACGAUUCAACGUGUGCCUGGUCUGCAUCUUCGCGAUGCCAAUAUUCGCACUACCAACGUCUGUACUGCAGGCAGCGCUCUUUCCUCACGAUGGUAAGGAGGAGCUGGCGGCUGAGAGUGCUGACGCGCCAGACCCGCAGCCACCCCGAAAUGUGUGCAGCUCCUACGGAGGCAUCUCGACUGCCAUCCUGGCGUUUGGUUCGAUCUUUACAUAUUUCCUAUGGACAGCGAGAAACACGACACACUCGACUGUCUUCACUGUGCCAGUGCAUGUGUCCGACUCGACCUUCGCCACCAUUGAUGGCACGGUGGCAGCCGUUUUCAUGAUGGAAUGGCUCUGGCGAAUCUUUCUCAACGGCCCUUCCUACAUCGUGUCGAUCUUGGGCGUCGUCGAUCUCGUGGCUUGGGCACCAGGGAUUGCACAUUUGAGUCUCUAUCUGGACAGCUUGCAGGUUGGCCCAUGGCUCUGUGCGGCGAUCGUUCUCCGGGUCCUCAAGAUCGAGCGUUACGUAGAGUCGUUCCGCACAAUGUUCAAGAUUGCAUGGGAAAGUGCUUCGCUCCUGAGUGCGACGCUCCUUCUAUCCAGCAUCAUGUGGAUGGUGUUUUCCACACUCCUCUAUGCCACGGAGCGCGACAGUCCGGAUGAGGAGAUGCAGGACACUUAUGGGUCCCUCAUGCGGUCGCUCUGGGCGGAGAUCAUCAACCUCCAUGGAGAAUGGCCUUGGGCAGAUUACACAGCCAGGGGCAAGGGCGUCGGAUGUUUCAUCGCGCUGUUCAGCAUCAUGAUCUUCUGUGUGCCGAUAACGAUUUUUGGCAACGGGUUCUCGCGCGCCAUCAUGGCCGACAGGACCGCGGAGGACAAGAUGUUCAAUCGGGAUCCUUGGCAAAAGCACUGCCGGCCAGAGGAGGAGACGCAGCAAUUGAUCUAUGACCUAUUCUACGAACACCUCCAUGUGAAACCCGGGGGCACGCUCACACUGGCGUAUCGCAUCAUUCGCGGCGUUUUGAUAACCACGACCCUCGCGACUACGAUGGUAACUCUUGUAAUGACUCUCAAGAUGGAGACAAUGGGCGAGUGGUAUCCCACUUUGUGGCGUUCCGGCUUCAUCAUCGAUUGCCUCGCCUUCGGUCUAUUCUUGUGCGCGCUGGGAUGUCGGCUUGUUGCAACGGACAUGCAGCAUGCCUAUACGUUUACAGGGAUCUGCGAUGUUAUCUCGCUGGUCGCUCUCGCCAUGACCCUGGCCCCUGAUUUCCGCGAGUCGGCAUUCCAUCCAACGUACCGCCGCGACGUGGGCCUCACCGGCAUGGCAGACGACUGCAUGGUGCUCUUCCGGCUGCUCUGCCUCUUCUCCCUGGAGUCGUACUUCGCCGCCCUGCACGUCCUGAAGAAUGUGGUAUGGCUCAACCGCAAGCCGCUCAUUCGGAGCGGUGGUGGGCUUGUCGCGUGCUGGCUUAUCCACGCGACGCUCCUCUACAUGUUCGAGCACAACGACGCGAGUGCCGUGGUCGAGCCAGCAGAGGCCUUCGAGAAUGUUUCGAGCAGCUUCGCGCAACAGAAUCGGAGCUUGUUCGCUGCUCACCGUGGUCUUCGCCAGCCUGACGACGACGGCGCUGACGGCGGCGACGAUGACGACGACGCCGAGCUGACCAUGGCCGACCGCUACGCGAGCAUCCCGCGAGCCCUUCAGUACAGCAUUGUCCAUCUCUUCGGGGACUUCCCAGAGUCAGACUACUCGCUUUCCUCCAAGUGCGUGCACUUCUUCGGGAUCAUGGUCGGCAUAGCUAUCAUUUCAAGCUUCGCAGGCGUCUUCAUCGCAGGCUUCAACGACUACCUUCGAGACGAGCGGCAAGAGGAGCUGGCCGAACUGCGUCUCCGCCGUGCCAUAGUGGUCAUGAGAUCGACCAAGGCAAUUCAGCGCAGGUUCCGUGCUUCAAAGGCGAUCAGGGAUGAAGAAGCAACCCAGGGGCAAAUGCCUCAACCCAGGCCAAGGCCACAGGCUUCAUUCUGGAAGAAGGUUGCCUUGGAGUGCACCUUCGGGAAGCUGUCUGUACUCUUCAACUGCUUGCUGUGCUUCAACCUGCUCUGCACUCUUUUCUCCUCCCUCCCUGAGUGGAACAGGCACGGAGGGGGAAGAGUUGGGAGCGCGCUCUUGUGGCUGGAGAUGGGUUGCACAAUCGCAUUCACCUUCGAGUGCAUGAUGCAUUUCAUCGCCACCCCCCGGUUCUCUUAUUGGCGCAUCAUCGAGAUCAUCUGCAUCCUCCCUGGUAUGUUCGAGAUCGCCUACAGCGCGCAGCAGUCCCUCGGCGUGCAGGGUGAGAGGAACGGCUACUUGGACGACGUGUUCGAGGCACUCCUGGUCGUACGUGUCGUGCGCAUCCUGAAUUUCUCCGUCAUCCGGCGCGAGGUGACGAUGAUAUUGAGGACGCUCGAGGAGGCUGCCCCCCAGCUGUUGCCACCGAACCAUCCCGGGAUACCUGGCGCUCAACGUCUGGGUCACGUCCUCCGCCCUCUUCAUGUGGCUCGAGAACUACUACAAGGAGGAGGGCGGCGAGGCGGAGAACAUGACCUCGGUGCCCGCGACGAUGUACUGGUGCUGCAUCUACCUGACCGGCGAGUGGGCGAACGUCGACUUCACCUACGCGGGCUCCAGGCUCUGCAUACUGUACGUCGUCUUUGGGAUCGCCCUGUUCUCCAUCCCCGUGGGUAUCAUCGUCGGGGCCAUGGAGACUGCAGUCCAGGCGCUCGAGCUCGAGAAGGCCGACAUGGAGGAGCAGGUCCACCAGACGACGCUGCAGCUGCACGGGCAGCCCAACCCCACGCCCUCCCGAGCAGCUGCAGCUGCAGCUGCACCAGUAGCUGCAUAGCCGGCGCCUCCCGAGCACGAGGGGGCUGCCGCGGACGCGGCCAGCUCCUGAGAGGCCUCGCGGGCGGGGGUCCGCGGCGCCUGCGUCGCGCCGUUCUCCGGCCGGCGUGUCCGCGUGGAGCUGGCGAUCGGGGGCCGCCCCGCACGUGCCUUUUAUAAUGCCGCCUAUGCGCCAGUCGCUCCUCUUGCGCUUGCCAGAAAUAUUCAGGUGCUGGAGGGUGGGUCUUUCCACCCCUUCCUCGACCCCCUUCGUCCCGAGGCACCGUCUGCAAGCGGGCAGCUGCGCUGGACACACCCCUUUUGGAGCUCUGCGCAGCACAGCGCGAAGAGGAGGAAAAGAGGGUGAGGGCCUCAGCGGUGGGGCGAAGGCGCCGAACGCUCCGAGCUGCUGGCUGCCCCCUGCUGUAACAACCGCUCUUUC